AAGGGAGGCUCUUUCUUGGCCAGAGGCUAGAGAGAAAAUCUCCCUCCCCUAAAGCGAAGGCUCGUGGAGCAGCGGGUGAAUUGUUUUGUGGCUCCUGGUGGUGGGGGCCUUGUGGAGGAAGCCCCGCUCUCCUCCCCUGGCUUUCUCUUCUGCCUCUCCCGCCCUGAGCGGCACAGCCUGAGGGGCUUAAGGAGCCCACAACCACCCCUGCAGGCCAAAGCCGAGUCAACUGGCACUGCAGAGUGGCCCCUUUGGACCCCCAGCUGCCAUGGCGGCUGCCACUGCUGCACAGAAGCCCUCCCCCAAGGACCCCUUGCCUAGGCGGCGCAGUGUAAGCCAGAUUUGUCCCCCACCACGGCGGCCGAUGACCUUGACGGAGGUGUACCCAGGCAGCGAGAAUGAGCGGUUGGGAGUGGUCCGUGAAAGUAUGCUUCAAAAUCAUCUCAUCAAUAAGCCAGAACUUGGAAAGCCUCGCCGAAGCUGCUACACUCUCCCAGGCUUCGAUUUCAACUAUGGAUUAUAUUUGCAUGGGACUGACAGAGGGGUGCCUGAAGCAAUUGGCCACUGGAAUACAAUAAAGCCCAGAGCCCCUUCGGCGAAGGAGCGCGGUCGUGAUUACAAGACCGUGAAUCGCAAAGCAAUCAAAGAGGGUUACGUUACUGCACAUGAGCAAAAUCUAUACCGCCAGCUCAAGGACAUUCGUUUGAGUGAUAACGACGAGCGACGCUUUAAGAGGACACCUCCAAAAGUCCCUCCAGACAUGACCUAUGGAAGACCAGCACGGCCCUCCACACCCUUCUUCGACCUGCUUCAGCAUAAAUACAAAGAGAUAUGGAUGGAGCAGCAAAGAGCCAUCAUUCGAGCUCAGAAGGAGGAGAAGAAACAAAAGAAACGUAAAGGGAAAGUGUACGAAACAUACACCUGCCUGCUUCGAAAGUUCCAGCCUCCAAUGAAGAUGGAGCCACUUUGGCGCAUGCCCCACUUUCAGAAGGUAGGUCCACAUCUUUGCACCUUCCCAGAUCUGGAUGCACAAAAAAGGGCACUGGAGGUCUUCCGCUCAGAAAUCCCUGUGCGAUGUGGUCCCCUGGCAAUGGGGCUUUAUACCGCUGGCUAAACUAAGAAGAAACCACAGCAAAACGGGGGCGAGGGGGGUUGAGCCUGCUUGCACUGCAGCGUCUUGGACCCCAUGCACACAUUUUGGGUUCAGAUUUGGGGCAAGCUCCAUUCAUCUCUGUAUAGUUGAUUAAACGCACAGUUUGCAAAAUA